ACCGGACUGAUUGGAUUUUCAAUAUUCAUAUCGGCUGCUUUGGUUUUUUGGUUUGGGAUCAAACAAAUCGUGAAUGACCAAUCGGAUCCCGGUUCUGUGGUUACAGUGUUCAUGAAUGUUGUGUUUGGCAGUAUCCUUCUCGGUAUUGCCGCUACUAAUAUACCAUACAUGAUCAGUGCCAUAGUAGCUGCGAAAGAAAUAUAUGGCACGAUCGAACGGACUCCAAAAAUUGACAAAGACUUCAAGGGCAAAGUAUUAGAAAACUUCACCGGUAAUAUCCUUUUUCAAAACGUAUCGUUCACCUAUCCAAGUCGCCCGGAUGCAAAGGUUUUGAAAAAUUUCAAUCUAGAGCUGCAUCCAGGAAAAACGGUCGCUUUGGUCGGGUCAAGUGGAUCCGGGAAAAGUACUGUUGUUCACUUGUUGCAGCGAUUCUACGAUCCCGAUGAAGGAAAGAUCCUAGUUGAAGGAGUUGACAUUCGAGAACUGGAUUUGAAGAGCUUCCGCCUUCAUCUCGGUUGUGUUCAGCAGGAACCCGUGCUGUUUCAGGGUACUGUGAUGGACAAUAUUCGAUUGGGUUGUUUUGACGCUUCAGCUGACGAUGUGGUGGAAGCGGCCAAAUUAGCCAAUGCUCAUCAAUUUAUUAUUCAGCUACCGGAGGCAUACAAUACGGUCGUUGGCGAAGGUGGAGCAGGUCUUUCUGGUGGUCAGAAGCAGCGAAUUNGAAUUGCUAUAGCACGUGCCUUGGUACGAAAGCCCAGUUUGCUCCUGUUGGACGAAGCAACAUCGGCCCUAGACACACGCUCGGAGUAUGAGGUUCAGGCUGCAUUGGAUAAAGCUUCCGCAGGGCGAGCUGUACUUGUCGUCGCGCAUCGUUUGACUACAAUACGUAACGCAGAUUGCAUUGUGGUGUUGGAUAAGGGAUGUAUUCGUGAGAUGGGCACACACGACCAGUUAGUGCGUCUUGGCGGUCUAUACGCAUCAAUGGUGGAGCACCAGGAUGAAGAUGAAAGGUCAGAAGAAGACGAUAAUGGUGAAGAAGAACAAAAAGAGAACGAGUUUGAGGCAGAGAAGACCAAAGGAUCAGACAAUCAGAAGCAGACGGAUAGUUGCAAACAAGUGCAAGAACUGCAACCGGACAAUGACAUAUUUGCACUGACAGACAAAGACGAGCAACAAAGGCAGAUCAACGUGAUCAGUGCCGCGAUGACUGGUAUUGGUGCUAUUCGCUUACUACUCGGUAUAUCUCAGGGUUACUUUUUCGGUGUAUCCGGAGAGCGACUGAUUCGGCGAAUGCGAUCCAUUGUGUUCCAAUCCAUGAUGCGACAGGUGCGUUGGUGGACUCAAAGUUCACUGUGA